CCUAUCCUCCUUGUGAAAGAAAAGCUUCCUUUCAGCUUCAAUCUCAAGUCCCAACAACCCUCUCCUAUCGUUCUCUCUAUAUCUUCACCUAACACACCAGUAUUACCCAAGUGUCUUCCCAAUUUUGCUUUUCGUACCUUUAUAUAUUCCCUGCAUUCUGAUAUAUUUUCUUAGGAAACAAACUGAAUUUCAAGGAAAAAGAACUCCUUUUGGCACCAGUUUCAUUAACAUAGUCUUGUGUUCGUAGCUGUAAACUUUUACUGUACUAUAGAACAUGAACACGAUGAUUUCUUCACUAAAUCACUCGCACUCCAAUUUCCCUUCUUCUGAUUUCUUAUCCAGAAAGCUUUCAGUUCUUAAACCUCAAUAUUCUCCAGUAACCGGUAUUCAGAAUUCUCAGAAAGGCCAUAACUUUGUCGCUUCAUUGACUCCAGAAAAGCCGCUUCACAUUUCUUCAGUUGAGAAAUUUACAUUUUCUGCCAAAACCCAACAAAAGAAGCCUUUGUCCGUUUGCAAUGCCUAUGAAGCUGACCGGUCACGGCCGCUGGACAUCAACAUAGAGCUUCCGGACGAGCAGGCAGCACAGAAGAUCAAGAUUGGGAUAGACUUUGCGACUUGGUGGGCUUUGAAUGUGGUGUUCAAUAUUUAUAACAAAAAGGUCUUGAAUGCUUUCCCUUAUCCUUGGCUCACUUCUACGCUCUCCCUUGCUUGUGGGUCUCUCAUGAUGCUGAUAUCUUGGGCUUCGAGGGUGGCUGAUGCCCCAAAAACUGAUUUCGAGUUUUGGAAGACACUGUUUCCUGUUGCGGUUGCUCACACAAUUGGACAUGUGGCUGCAACUGUGAGCAUGUCUAAAGUUGCAGUGUCAUUUACUCACAUCAUCAAGAGCGGCGAGCCUGCGUUCAGUGUUUUGGUGUCGAGGUUUCUACUGGGUGAGACGUUCCCUCUUCCAGUUUAUCUAUCACUUGCGCCAAUUAUUGGAGGUUGCGGUCUAGCAGCAGUCACUGAGCUCAAUUUCAACAUGACUGGGUUUAUGGGGGCUAUGAUCUCAAAUUUGGCAUUUGUGUUUCGGAACAUAUUCUCGAAGAAGGGGAUGAAGGGGAACUCCGUUAGUGGGAUGAACUACUAUGCUUGUUUGUCUAUGUUGUCUCUGUUGAUCCUAACCCCUUUUGCAAUAGCUAUGGAGGGCCCUCAGGUGUGGGCUGCUGGCUGGCAAAAUGCUCUUGCUCAAAUUGGACCAAAUUUUGCUUGGUGGGUGGCGGCGCAGAGUAUUUUCUAUCACCUAUAUAACCAAGUCUCAUACAUGUCUCUUGAUCAAAUCUCUCCAUUGACAUUUAGCAUUGGUAACACAAUGAAGCGGAUAUCCGUCAUCAUCUCUUCCAUCAUCAUCUUCCAUACCCCUGUCCAACCUGUCAAUGCCCUUGGAGCCGCCAUCGCAAUUCUUGGCACAUUCCUGUAUUCACAGGCAAAGCAGUGAAGGAAUCAAGAAUUCCGAGGUUUUGAUGUAAACAGUAGAUGAUAGAAGAGUUAGAAUGAAGAUGCUAGUUUGGCCGGAAUGAUUGGUGACCGAAAAUUCAGGCAGUGGCUUUCAAUUAACAAUCACUGGUGAUGGCCUUAGACAAUCAAAGGGAAUCAACCUUGCUAGGACAGUUGGGUUAACAGCAGUCUCUUUUUCAAUAUUGGAAUGAUAAAUCUAUAGUGUAUUCAUAUAAUUGCUGGUGACCAAGUAGGUUGCAAUUUUUUUUCAUCUAUGUAAUAUUUUAAUAUAACUCUUAUAAAAAUGUAUACAAAUUAAUUUUUUUUA